AUCGGGAUGUUUUGAGAAUAUAUUAUGAUAUAUAUAUAUAGAAGCUUAAAUCUAAAUCUGUUAGACGUUUUUUGUGAGAUAAAACAAUAAAAUUUUUAGGUUAAAGUAGAUAAUAUUUCUUCGAUUGGAUGCGGGUUUAUACAAAUGGUAUUAAAGUGAUCACUAAAAUAUUUGCGGGAAUUAAGUGCUACAUGAUGAGAGCCACCUCUAGAAUUUCAACAUCUGGUAUAAUCCCAUGAUUUGUGUGUACUUUGUGUUGGGCUUGUCCAACAUUUGAUAUGAUUCGAUGGAUCUGUGUAGAGAUCUAAACCCAAAUCUAUGAUGUCUCCAAUAUCUGGUGUAAUCUUGUGAUCUGUGUGUGCUUUAUGUUGACCUUGCCUAACGUUUGUUGUGAUUCAAUGCAUCUAUGUGAUGUGAUUUGAUGAAUCUGUUUAGAAAUUUAAAUCCAAAUUUGUGAGGUCACCAUAAUACAUAUACGUUGAACAUGUACAUGAAUGAAGCAUAAAUACCACUAUUUUUUCACCCUAUCAUUUUGUGCCACAUCAUAUUUUUCCACCACUAAAUGUUGAAUUGAAGUAACUUCAGGUAGCUAACCUUGGUUUUGUUUCUAUUGAAACAGACUGCUCAAGUCACAAAAUCUGUCAGGUAUUCUCCCUGCAGAAUUGGUCAGGCUCCCUUUCCUCAAAGAAAUUGAUCUCACUCGCAAUUACCUUAGUGGCGAAAUUCCUCCACAAUGGGGUUCUAUGCAACUGAUCGACAUUAGCCUUCUUGGAAAUCGUUUAACAGGUUUAAUCCCAAAAGAGUUGGCAAAUAUAAGCACUCUGACCAGCUUAGUCCUCGAGGAAAAUCGUCUUUCGGGAACUUUGCCUCCAGAGCUUGGGAAUCUAACAAACAUUGAAAGAAUGCAUCUUAGUUCGAACAAUUUUAGUGGAGAAUUGCCUGAAACAUUUGCUAGGCUCACUACAUUAACGGAAUUUCGUAUUGAUGACAACAACUUCACAGGAAACAUUCCCAACUUCAUCUUCCAGAAUUGGAAGAAACUUGAGAAACUAUACAUUCAGGCUAGUGGUUUGAGUGGGCCAAUUCCAGCCAUUGUUGCUUUGCAAAAUUUAACUGACUUGAGAAUUAGUGACUUGAAUGGAGCUGAAGCAUCUUUUCCGCGACUUAGUAAUUUGCCUAAAUUGAAAAGACUGAUAUUGAGGAGUUGCAAUCUCACCGGACCGCUGCCUGAUUUUAUUGGGGAAUUGACAACAGUAAAGAUCUUAGAUCUCAGCUUUAACGGACUCAGUGGAAAAAUUCCAGACACACCUUCUUCCCUUAAUAAUUUGGAUCAAUUGUUUUUAACUGGAAACAUGUUUACUGGACCAAUACCUCGAUGGAUACUGGAAACAAAAAAUAACAUGGAUCUUUCAUAUAACAACUUCACAGACAGAGUACAAUGUCAACAAAGUGGCUUGAAUUUGUUUGCAAGCACUUCAAGGAUCAAUAACUCAGGAACUGUUUCAUGUUUGGGAAGCCCUCAAUGUCCAGCAAAACUUUUGCGCUUUCUUUAUAUAAACUGUGGAGGGAGAGAAGAAAAAGUUAAUGGUAACACUUAUGAAGCUGAUACUGAUAAAGUUGGGCCUUCUACAUUUCUCCUAAGUGCUACAAAUUAUUGGGCAAUUAGCAGCACUGGUAUUUUCUUGGAUGAUAAUUCAAAAGACGACUUUGUUAUCGACCUUCCGAACAUUACACAACUUUCUAAGAAUGAUCGUCAACUAUACACAACUGCACGCCUUUCACCUAACUCUUUGACUUACUAUGCAUUCUGUCUGAAGAAUGGAACAUACAAUGUGAGCCUUCAUUUUGCGGAGAUACAGUUCACUGAUGAUGAGUCAUUUAGCAGCUUAGGGAGGCGGAUAUUUGAUGUUUACAUUCAGGGAAAGCGGGAGCUGAAGGAUUUCAAUAUUAAGGAUGAAGCGGGUGGGAUUGGCAAACCAAUUUUAAAAAACUUUACGGUAUUUGUGACUGAUGGUACUUUAAAUAUUCGUUUGCAAUGGGCUGGAAAAGGCUCUACUUCUAUUCCCCAGAGAGGAGUUUACGGUCCUCUUAUAUCAGCAAUAUCAAUUUUUGAUCCUCAUUAUAAACCUCCAAUUGAAAACCGUGGUGGUAUCUCUGCAAGCGUGGUGGUUGGAAUUGUGGCUGGAGCAACAUUUGCUACCUUCCUGAUUAUGGGUAUUCUGUGGUGGAAUGGCUGUUUAAGACAGAAGAAUACAUUGGAACGAGAUCUUAAAGGUAUAGAGUUGCAGACCAGUUCCUUUACCUUGAGGCAAAUUAAAGCUGCCACAAACAACUUUGAUGCUACUAAUAAGAUUGGUGAAGGUGGUUUUGGUCCUGUUUACAAGGGCAUUCUGGCAGAUGGCACAGAAAUCGCUGUUAAGCAGCUAUCUGCUAAAUCAAGGCAAGGAAACCGUGAGUUUGUGACUGAAAUUGGCAUGAUUUCGGCUCUACAACAUCCUCAUCUAGUAAAGUUGUAUGGAUGUUGCAUCGAAGGAAAUCAAUUGCUGCUUAUAUAUGAGUACCUGGAAAACAACAGCCUUGCACGUGCAUUGUUUGGCCCAGAAGAAUUUCAAUUGAAAUUAGACUGGCCAACAAGACGGAAUAUCUGCAUUGGCAUAGCAAGAGGUUUAGCUUAUCUCCAUGAAGAAUCAAGGUUGAAGGUUGUCCAUAGGGACAUUAAGGCUACCAAUGUGUUGCUCGAUAAGAAUCUAAACCCCAAAAUAUCUCAUUUUGGUUUGGCCAAGCUUGAUGAAGAGGAUAAUACCCACAUCAGCACCCGAAUUGCUGGAACUUAG